AUGCUUGAACAGACCUUCGAAGGCCUGGACGGCUCCAGACAGGAACAACUUCUCAGAGCCCAGGUCAUCCCAUUCUUCGAAGUAGUUUCCCACCCAGAGGUGCUACCGUCUCCAGUCCUCAAGCAAGCGGUUAGAACCAUCUACAACUUUCUAUAUGGCGUAAGGGGUGUCAGUGCAUCGCGACUCUUUGCCUACAUCUCAGACGUCUUGAAAGAUCGUAUGGUCGAGCCCAACUCGAAGACACUCGUUCAAGAGGCUACUGUAAACAUUGCGGGCAAGUGCGAAGGGCAGAUUACUGCGAUGCGGGACAUGCUUGCUCGAGCAAACAAGGGACGAUGGCAGAAUAUUCUUGGUCUACAGCAGCGAAUCAAGAUUUAUAUGAAGAAAGUGACGCCUGAGGCGCAGCCACACAGCAAAGUACGCAACUUGAUUGCCCUCACUCGUCGUCGAAAGGAAACUGCCGAGAGCCUUGAGCCUGGAAACGAUAUCCUCCAGUUGGAGGGGUCAGUUCAAGCCACCGCGCUCAGUUUGCGUCUGGAUAUUGCCUUGCUGGCUGACUUUCUGAAGCUUCAUCGCGAGGCCCGAAACAGGCCGAUAGUGCGAUUGAUUGAGAUGGAUCUGUCAAAGAAUCGCGGCCAAUGCAAAGCUCUCGUGGAGACAGCGGGACUUUCAAAUUACGUUGUUCAUCAGACGGAGGGCUAUAUCUUCCUCGCCCUGCUCCAUGCGUUCGAGCGAUCGUAUGCAGCCUCGGCUGAGCUGGUCGAUCAACACGUGGCCCAUGCCAAGGAAGCUCUCAAUCAUGCCAAAGCCCUCUGCACCUUCUGGCCUGGUCAGACCCGUGGCUUGAUGGACGAAGUUGAAGGGGUGAAGAAGAUGCUUCGCGGUGCAACACUCUAUACUCCCGUGACGAACGAAGAACGCAUGGCGGUCAUUGCUGCCAUGGCGCAGGAGUUCCGUGGCACGGGGCAUUGGUAUUACUGUCGCAACGGCCAUCCCUUCACGAUUGGGGAGUGUGGCAUGGCGAUGCAGAGGUCCGUCUGUCCGGAGUGCGGAGAGCCCGUCGGUGGACAGGACCAUACCGCUGCCGCAGGCGUGAUGCAUGCGAGGGACUUGGAGGAGAAUUUUGCGCGGCUGAGUUAG